AUGAUUAAGAACAAACUGCGCAAGAGAGAGCCAUCAUUGUCGCCGAUUUUGCUUAACUCGGCCACGCCGCUGGCUCAUUUGAAGAUGAUGCUCUUAAGUCCUGAGAGCCGCGAGGUAUUUUCGGUCAGGACCGAGAUGGACCUAGAAGUGCUUGCGAUGGACGAGCUGGCACUCCGGCGCGCGGCUACAAACGCGACCAGCUUAAUCAGCGACCUAGAGCAACUGCAUUUGUUGUCAUCGUCAUGGCGAUUUAGUCCGGCAUCUUGUAUCGGGACCACGCCAGCAGCGCAAUAUACUGGUGCCGGCUUAAAUGUCUCGAAUAGCCUGGCGGUGAAUUACAUUAACGGCAGCGGAAAUCUCAUCACAGGGGCGACAUCGUAUAUAAAUAAUGGUAAUACAGCUUUAACGGGCUGCAGUGCCAACGGACAGCUGCGGACAGUUUUCAGUCUGGGACCUGAUGACCGCGAUGCUGUUGACCUGCAUGCAAAUGCGCUGUCGCAAACCGUCCUCAACGCCGUCGUCGCGGCAUGGCCGGGUAGCAGCGCCCUGGCAAGACUUAAGCGGCGCGCAGCGCUGGCGCUGGCUGCAGCCGCGGACGGGCCAGAGGGGCCAUAUUCUAUGCUUGCUUCGGCGCUUGGCGACAUCCUGCACCGCCAUGAAGCCGACGCGGUGGCGGAGCUCCGGCAUCCAGUCACCAAAACCCUUCGCGUCAAGCAGCUUCUGCACGAAGGCAGCCCAACCGAUGCGCUGUCGCAGCAAAGCUUGCCGCUGACCCACGGGUCAUUGCUGCAGCCCGGCCUGACGGGACAGCCGCCGCCUGGAGAUGGAAACGGCGCCGCCGCAACCAUCACCACCGGGCCCGGCGUCGAUGGAGUCGCCGGCUUCCUACGCGUCGUCAAGGGAAAAUAUGACAUCGUUGUCGUACUGGACUUUUCGGGCCUGAUGCGGACGCAUGGACAUCACCAGCCUGGUGGGCUGCAGGUCACGACAUCGGGGACUGUGGGGACAACCUCCGCUGCACAACCCGCACCGGCAAUGCUUUUGCAGACAUCCCUUAGCACCGGCGGACUCGGCAGCAGGAGCUUCGACCUUGGCACCGCCACCGCAGCGGCUGCCCCCGGCCUGCCCAGCUCCGCUUCCCUGCCGGUGCCUAGCGCCCGACCACCGCCCAUGGAGCGCUCUGCUAGUGACUUGGCGGCGGCGGCCAUUGAGCUCGGGCUCUCGAUGACCAGCGGUGUUGGCGGCGGUGGCGGCCCGUCCACAGCUGCAGGCGCUGGACUGCUUACAGCAAGCGGCGUAAGCGUUUUGCCAUCGGCGGCACUGCCUCCAAGCGCAGAGGAGGGUUUAUCCGAGCUCGCGCUUCGGGCGUUCCCGGGACCGUCGGCAGCGGCACAGCUGCGGCGCGCGAUUGUGGUGCACCUUUCCGGCCUCCCGCGGCGCUGUCAACCGUGGUCGCAUUUGGCAGCCUUCGCUGAGAGCAUGCAGGCGCUCAAGCCCGCCAGCAAGUUGCCCAAGCUAAGGUCCUUUAUGAUGCAUCCCGAUUCCCGAGGGGUCUUUCUGGACAUUCACUUGCCCGGGCCGGGGGUGGGGUGUGCCCUCGCGGCCUUGGAUCUGGCAGCAUUGCGGCGUGCCGCCGCCGCCGGCCUGGCCGCCGCCAUCACAGCGGCGUGGCCUGGUCAGGCGCCCCUGGAGCGCAUCCGGCGGGCGGCCGCCUUCACCCUAGCGUUUGCCGUACGGGGUCCCGCAGGGCCCUAUACGAUGCUGGGCAGCGCUCUGGGAACAGCGAUCCGAAAGAGAGACAAGGAAGCUUUCGAUGCGCUCGCCGGCAUGGGAAAGCUGUCUGAGUUACUUGACGAUUCGGCGACGACGGGGUCCAACUACACCAUCGGCGGAGGCGGCGGAGGCGAUGGCGACGGCGGCGGCACCGCCGCCUCUCGAGAAUCUGCUGGCAGCGGCCGCGCCGUCAGUGACGGCAGCACCGGCGCAUCCGUCGCGGAGGCGGUCUCCGCCGGACCGGGCAGCGGCGGCGCAUCCGCCGCGGCGGCGGUUUCCGCUGGACCGAGCAGCGCCGGCGUGGCUGCGGCGGGUGUCGUACGAAGCUCCAGUGACGGUGAUGGAGCGGCGGCGGGGGCCCAGCGAAGCAGCGGCGAUGGCGGCGCUGUUGCUGGCGGCAACGGCGGCGCCGGCGCAGGCAGCGGCUACAUUGUCAGCUUUAAGAAGGACCAGGACGGCUACAUGCGGCUGCGGCUCGAGGCCCUGCUGCUGGACUGGCCUAAAGAGGAGCCCAGCGCUGUCGUUGCCGCCACGUCAUUGGCAACGGCUUCUGCCGCCGCGUCAACGGCGUCGUCUGAAGGACCUGCUACUGCUGCGGGACUUCAAAUUUCCGGCAGCGGCGGCCUUCAGGUCUCUCUCGAGGCGGCGGUUGCUACUGCUGACGACACCGCCUCCGUCGCUUCCGCCGACAUCUCCAGCUACGGCGGCAAUGGCGGCCUCGCAGGCAGCGAAGCGGCAACGAUUGCGGCCGCGAAGCGCUGUAUCGCGCGGCUGCUGGCGUGGGCGCCGCCGCCACACCAGCUGACGUUUGCGAAGCUGGGCGCGCAGGUGCCGAAGCUGCUUGGCGGUGCGCGUAUCGGACGGAAUCUGCGAUUGGUGUGCUUGGAGGAGCCUGAUGUGUUCUCUGUCCAAUCCCAGCCGCACCAGCACCAGCAGCAAGAGCUGGGCCAAUACAACCUAUCGCAGAUCGGCAUUGCCGUACAUGGUUACGACGGUCGUCCGGCGUUGGUUUCGUUGUAUGCGCCGCCGGCAUUGUCAAUUAGUGGCGGCAGCGCCGCCACUGCCGCCGCCGCCGCCAGUGGAGGCAGUGACAGCGGAGCUGGCGGCGGCGGUAGCGCCGCAAGCGGUGCCGCGGCCACGGAGGCAUGGCCAGCGGCGGUGUACGUCUUGGACUGUACGGCAAACUGCACCGGCGAUGGACCGGAGGCGAUUGGGGGAGUGCUAUUGACCAGUCUCCGGGGACUUCUGGAGGACCCCGGGGUAGCGAAGGUGGUGCAUGGUUGCGAACAGGUUCGUCCCCUGGAGCUUGCCUCGGGCGCCGCCAUCGCGCCCCUACUGGACACUGCCGUACUCCUCAACGCCAUCUUCACGCUGCUGCCCCCGCUGCCGCCGCCGCCGCCCGCCGCCGCCGUGGCCGUGGCAGCGGCCUCGGGGCCGCUGCCGUCAAUCGGCUACAGCUCCGCUGAAGCAGCGGCUGUAGCCCAGCUAUGGAUUCACGUGACCGAGCUCCGAGCGGUGCUACAGUCUGUGGAGCUCUGGGCAGACCGACCGGAAUUGUUGGCUGUACUCGGUGGAGUACAUUUCGCGGCGCAUCGAGCGGAGCUUUGGGCGGUGGCUGGGAGGGACAGGCUUUGGUUGUCACGACCGCUGAGCGACGGCCAAGUGCUGGUGGCGGCUCAAUCUGUACGGCACCUACCGGAGCUCUGGUCCGCGCUAUGCGAGGCCAUCCCCUGGCUGGCGGCGCACGCGGCGCUGCGGAUGAUGCAGCACCUGCGAUGCUCCGCCGCGACGGCGGCGGCAGCAGCGGCGGCGGCGGCGGCGACGUCGGGCCUAGGGUUGCGCCUGCCGCGGCAAAUAUAA